AUGGGUACUUGCUCCCGUCUGAGAGAUAUCGCACAUGGCUCGCUCGCGCUAUGGGUCGUCUUACCCGCACGGAAUAGCGGGGCCACCGAUCUACGCAAGCUCAGGUCUCAACACGCGGACAUCAUCCUGCGCGUAGUUAAGGAAUCUCCCCAUGGUUCUAAACCGUCCAUCGCUUGCGUUCUCGACCUCGUGCGCGAGCUCUCCCCUCGUAUAUCGACCAUCGACGUUCAGGUGGCAUCUUUUGAAUUCGACGACACGGAUUCUGGGCGCGAGCUGCUGAUAGCCAUGACGACUGCUCACCUACCGGUGUUGCGCUCUCUCUAUGUUCAUUACGAUGGCGACUCAUGGGAGGAUCCUCACCCUCCCGCUCUCCUCCCUUUGUGGGACACUCUUCAUUCCGAUACCCUUGCGGGUCUAUCGAGCCUUCAUCUGCGUCGAUGUGGGAACAUAGAGCUCCGUGGCCUGCCGCCGAGACUGGAAGAUCUCGUACUUGAUGGCACAUUCACGCAGCUUCCCCCCGACGACAUGGUGCACGCAUUCGGCAGACUCAACUGUCUUCAUACGUUGGCCUUGUCAUGGCAGGAUGAUAUCCUCGCUGGCGAUCAGAAUACAUGGUCACCUGGUGCUCCGCAAUUCGACUUCCAGUUACACGCGUUUUCUAUCGAUGCGCCCCCGUAUAUCUGUGCUGGUCUGCUAGAGCGCAUGAGAAUACCAGAAGAUUGUGCGAUCACGCUGUGCAUUCGCCGAAAUACGAUGGCAGACGCGAACGUCAUCGUCCGCUGUACAUCGGCGCUGGAAGAGCAUUGGCGGCACCACUGGCAUGCUCCUGAAGCCUCGCCUUUCGAAGAGGUUAUCAUCAAAGACGGUGCUCGCUUACCCUGGCGUCCGUACGAGAGUGAUGAACUGGAAGUGUCCGUCAACUCAUUCGGACCUCGAGGCCCACGAACGCUCCUGAGAGUGUGCAUAGAGUACACUCCACUUUUAUUGGACGCAAGCUCGUUUCUCUGGCAAGUGGGGCGUAGUGAUAUGUUGGCUGGCGUUGUUCGCCUGUGCCUAAGCGCAUCUCGCCUUCACCCCUUGCCUGUGCCAUUCCCGGGCGUCAAAAAAUUGGAAUACCGGUGCCAGAUUGAGUUCGGUGGUCCAGUGUUCCAACUUUGCAAUGCCGCCAGGAUGUUGCCAGAGUAUCAGCUGGUAGAUACUCUUAUUCUGAAUGGGCUUGUCAUCAAUAGUGGUCAGUAA